AUGGAUGCCGGCAGGCGAAGGGGGAAGGGCCGCCGGAAGAUCGAGAUAAGGAAGCUCGAGAGCAACGACGCCCGCCAGGUGACCUUCUCGAAGCGCCGCUCGGGGCUCUUCAAGAAGGUGGCGGAGCUCUGCGUCCUCUGCGGCGCGCAGGCCGCCGCCGUCGUCUUCUCCCCCGGCGGCAAGCCCUUCUCCUUCGGUCACCCCUCCGUCGACCUCCUCCUCGAUCGCUUCCUCCGCCUUCCCGCCUCGUCGCCGCCGCCGCCGUACCCCAUAGGGGGCGCUGCCCGCAGAACGACGCGCCCUCAUCGGUGGGAGGCCCCCAUCGACGGCCUCGGCGCGGAGGAGCUCUCUCACCUGCACGCCGCCGUCAUGGAGCUAAAGCGCAGCCUGCCGCCGGCCAGCGGCGGCGGCGGCGGCGCCUCUCCUCCGAAUCUGAGCCUGCGAUUGAGCUCCCCAGCUCCUCCAUUUCUCAGAGUUCCUCUGUUCCGACAAGGAAGCUCUCGUUAG